AUGGCGGCGGAUAUCAUAGCACAAAGAAAAAACAGCAAUGUGCUUGGUUUUGGAAAAAUGUUGACACCAAUAACCUGGUUCACACUAUUGACACCAAAGUUAAUAUGCUCUUAUAACUGGAAUGAUUCUUUUAAGCCGCGGUUCUGGGUUCCUGGUCGCGCUCCAAAAUGGAAGCAAGUUGCUUUGCCGCGUACCGUGCCUCCAGAUUCGGGGCGGGUAUUCAUUGACCAAAACGAAGCACGAUCUCCAAAGUACACAUAUUGGCCCAUGUUCAAUGCGAUAGAUGUCAUUAAUCCUGGUUUUUCUUUUGAUGGAAUUGAUAUUGUUGUGAACCGCAAUAGCCUUCGCAAACUGCUCAGCUUUUGUAGCGGCCACAGACAAGAAGCUUUCCGGCUUUACUUGCUCCUCACGAAAAAUACGCUCUUCAUCGAACGUUCAGAACAAGCCGACACUGAAGUUGCAAAACCUUCUGAGAAACGAUACGGGUUUAGCUUUGAAAAGGCGUUUACGCAGCAGCCUACUGGCGCAGAGAACAGCACGGGUCAUCAUCGUGUUCUUCAAUACUUGCUUGGGGAUUUGCGCUGCGCCGUUCGGUGCGAAACAGAUGCCUGCUAUGAGAUGGAACCCUCCCAGGACGAGGGUAUCGAUUCGCUGCUCGUUCAAAUGGGUGAUCUGAGACUCUCGGAGGCAUCGCCUACGCGGGGCAUGGCAAUGCCUCAAUCAUCGGCCGCAGAGUUGAAGACGGCUCGCAAGCACAAGAGUGUCGGCCAGUUUAUGCCGCAGCUCUGGUUCGGUCGCACCCCGUGGUUGAUUGUAGGAGAGCAUGAAGAGGGAACCUUUCAUUCCAUCAGCAUCACGCAUGCGCAACCUUUAUUUCGGCAGUGGGAAAUUCGACAACAAGUCGCGCUUCGAAAACUGGUAGAGGUACUCAGAGCGCUGCGUGAGGCAGUUGAGAAGAACAAUUGCAAGAAUUGCGUGGCUUUGUACAUCCAGAAGAGCGAUUCAAAGGUGCUUCAAGUCUAUGGCUCGACAGUGGAACGAAACCCGCUACCCACACUUUUGACUGAUAAGUACUGGGCCCCGAGUGAUUGA